AGUCGGUCGUGUUGGUCUCUAAAUCGUUGACCAAAUCCGCCAUCAUUUAUUGCUGGCUGAGCACUUCAACUCCUACGGCACGGCCUAGCUAUGUCAUGCCAAAUGGAGGAAAAAAGGCCGUGUUUCCCACCUUGGAGUUGCACAGUCACGACCCACGGGCUGCGGCUCACGACCAGAAGGACAGAACCAAGAAGAUGCUCCACCAAAACUCCAGGAGCAGAUCAGAGAGCAAGGAUAGUCCGGACACGGAAAAGGCGGAUCACUCUCAGUUUCAUACCCAUGCCGAGAAACAUGGCCAUACCGAAAAACACAAUCAUACAGAGAAACAUGGUCAUACCGAGAAAAAUUGUCAUACAGAGAAACACGGACAUACCGAGAAAAAUGGCCACUCUGAGAAACACAGUCAUGCAGAAAAACACAGUCAUAAUGAGAAACAAUCCCACACCGAGAAACAUAGUCACUCCGAGAAAGUAAAACAGCCGAAACCCAGCAAGUCAUCGGACAAGGAGAAAGAUUCUAAGACGGACACGAAAGAGAAAUAGCAGUUGGGAUGUUGUGAUUGUAGGGGGAGUGGGGGUAGUGCGAAUGAGUGAACCAGCUGGUGAGAAGAAGUAUACCAAUGCAGUGUCAGGCCUAAACUGUAGCUUUACUCACUUCAUCCAUAGAGUAGAAACACUCGUACAUAGAGAACAGUGAUUCAGCAUCCGUCAUUUACAAUAUGUCUCAUAUAGCUUUGUAUUUUACCACUGACUCGGGGACGCAUAAUUUUUAUUUCAAUUUCAGUUCCGGCAUAUAGGGAAAAUGGAGUCUUUUGAUUGGCUGAUCCAGCAGUGACGUUAUGACUUUGGGUUCAGUUUCUUAACUGGGCUACCCUAAUAUUGAUUGAAAAUAUCGAUUCGAUUAGUAAAUCUUCAUUCGAUGUUUUCAUUAUCAGCAAGUUUGGUUAGUUAGGUUAGGUUAUAACAGUUUAAUUUUAUAAUUGAUAUUUAAAAAUAUCGAAUAUCUACUUCGGCCAUCAGUCAUUGUUGGAUCGGCCAAUCAAAUGACUCAAUUCGCCCUAUAUGACGGAUCCAAUUGAAAUAAAAAUUAUGCAUCGGGUGCAAAAGUCUUUUCGCUUGUCUGUGAUUAUACAUGGACAACGCAUAUGGCCAUAGCCUUCUCUAAAGGCUCGUACAAGGCCUCAGCGUUUGUGUAUGGCAACGUCGUACCUGCCGAUCUAUUGCCAUGGUAACAACAACGUGUAAACACACGUGGAAAAAAGCUCUAUUAUGAAAGUGUAAAAGCUGUUUCGGUAGGCCGAGGUUGCGAUGUUGCCACGUCUCGCCAAGGCCUUGUAUAAGAGGAGGCUAUGUAUAUGCGUUUUCUGUGUCCGUUUCCAAACGGCCAUGUUCUUUAAAAAAUAGUUGUUUGACUGUAUCUAGUCCUAUUUAAAUUAAGUCAACAGAAAUAAGAAUGAAUUACACGCUGUCCUUGUUAUUGUUGUUCUACAUAGUCUACGCAUAUGGCCAUCAGGCCAUAGCUUUCUCUAAAGGCUCUACAAGGCCGCAGCGUUGGUGUGUGGCAACGUUGCACCGGCCUAUUGCCAUUAUAGGCUAAUAACAAACGUGUAAACAUACACAUUCGAUAGGCCUGGGAUACGGUGUUGCCACGCCUCGCUGUGCCCUUGUAUUAGAGGAGGCUAGGCCUACAUGUAUAUGCGUUUUCUGUGUCCGUUUCCAAGAAGCCAUGUUUU